AUGCCCGCCGCACGAACCGAAGAGAAGGGAGAAUCGUCGACGGCCGCUUCCAAGGCUGCUGCCGCCGCACACGACUCGCCAAACUAUGAACUGCCAUGGGUGGAAAAGUACCGACCUGUAUUCCUGGACGACGUCGUCGGAAACACAGAGACGAUUGAGCGACUAAAGAUCAUUGCGAGGGAAGGAAACAUGCCCCACGUCAUCAUCUCCGGCAUGCCUGGUAUUGGAAAGACGACGAGCGUGCUGUGUCUGGCACGACAGCUGCUGGGAGACUGUUACAAGGAGGCUGUACUGGAGCUCAACGCCAGUGACGAGCGAGGCAUCGAUGUGGUGAGGAAUCGUAUCAAGGGAUUCGCCCAGAAAAAGGUGACGCUCCCCGCGGGGAGACACAAGCUCAUCAUCCUCGACGAGGCCGACAGCAUGACGUCGGGCGCGCAGCAGGCCCUGCGCCGCACGAUGGAGAUCUACUCCAACACUACCCGCUUCGCUUUUGCAUGCAACCAGUCCAACAAGAUCAUCGAGCCGCUGCAGUCGCGAUGCGCCAUCCUGAGAUACGGGAAGCUGUCGGACGCCCAGGUGGUCAAGCGUCUGAUGCAGAUCAUCGAGGCGGAGAAGGUCGAGUACAGCGACGACGGACUGGCCGCGCUGGUCUUCAGCGCAGAGGGCGACAUGCGCCAGGCCAUCAACAACCUGCAGUCUACCUGGGCGGGGUUCGGCUUCGUGUCGGGCGACAACGUCUUCAAGGUGGUCGACUCGCCCCACCCCAUCAAGGUGCAGGCCAUGCUUAAAUCCUGCUACGAGGGCAACGUCGACUCAGCCCUGGAUACCCUCCGCGAGCUCUGGACUCUGGGAUACUCGAGCCACGACAUCAUCAGCACCAUGUUCAAGGUGACCAAGACCAUCCCCAGCCUCGGCGAGCACGCUAAGCUGGAGUUUAUCAAGGAGAUUGGCUUCACACACAUGAAGAUCCUCGAGGGUGUCCAGACACUAUUGCAGCUGAGCGGGUGUGUUGCUAGGCUGUGUAAGAUCAACAUGGAUCCCAAGAAGUUCCAGGCAGCGGCAUAA